AUGGAGGACUUUGUGCAAGAAGAUUUUGAAGAAUUUCAUAUGAGAAGUGACAGCAAAAUCACUGAGAUGUGGUCAGAUGAAGAAGACGCUAGGUACUAUGAUGAUUAUAUAGAAAAUUAUAAACCUAGUGCUGAGGAUUGUUUUGGUAGUGAUUAUGGUAAUUAUGAAAACUAUGAAGAUUACGAAGAUUAUGAAGAUUAUGAAGAUUAUAAAGAUUAUAAAGAUUAUGAAGAUUAUGAAGAUUAUAAAGAUUAUGAAGAUUAUGAAGAUUAUGAAAACUGUGAGUAUUGCGAAUCAGAAAAAGAAAUUUGUGCGAAAUACGCAUGGGCAUUACAUCAAGAGAAAGAGGCGUUAGAUGAUGGAGGUCAUGCUAAGGUUUGUGAAAGUGUGAUGACUAAUGAGAAUAGAGUAAACAGAGAUGGAGGUAAAGAUAGAACUGAAGACUGUAUUGAUGAAGUGGUAACUAGAGAGAAGCGUAUGCACAAAAAAUUGCCCGCGAGAAAAUGGAGAAUGGGAAAAAUGGCGGUAGCACCUCUCCUUUGAGCUCUUUUGCUCAUUCCAGCAAUUUUUCCUCAAUUUCUUGUUCUGUAUCCUCCAAAUAAUCAUUUUCCUCAUCUUCUUCCAUUUCGCUCUCAGUAA